AUGUGAAAGUGAAAGCGAAAGCAAGCAGUAUUAUGAAUUCUGUAAAAGAAGGAAAGGGAAGGGUAGAAAACGCACCGACGGGGAAAAUCAAUCCCCGGGCGACAUGUAAAAGUAAAUAUAGGUGGGAAUGGGAAUGGGAAAAUGAAAAUGAUAGAGGCCACGCGUUAAGUUGAGGUUCCUCUGCCGCUACAGAUUUACAGCACAGGGUUGGCUGUUGGCUGUGAGGGCCCCAACGCCACCGAAUUUGCACUUCACGCCCUCCAUCUUUCAUCAUAUUCUUUUUAGGUCCCCCAUUCAUUCACGCUGCUACACUACCGUAUGACCGACUGUAACUCUACUCAAGAUCCAGGAAGAGGAGCAUGAUGAGUGAUGAUGAUGGGGCCUGGCCUGGGGGUAAAAUUAAAGGAAGAACAACUUUUUAACUAAUUUAUUGGGAGGGUUGAUUAUUCCAAUGAAAAGAAUUUACCAAACAAAUCUUGAGUUAGGUUAGGGCGAGAUUAAUGGAGGGUAACAGUGAGGUCUUUGCCACUCUGGCUUUUUGCCUUUUCCAAUAACACAACAAUUCCAAGUCCAAAUUCCAAUUCCAAUCCAACUCGCAUUUUCUUCUUCCCUUUUUACUUUUCAGCAUUGAUUCAUCCUCUCUCUCUCUCUCUCUCCCCCCACAGCGGCGUCAGUAAAUGCAAGGGAAGGGAGAAGGAAGGAAGGGUUGGUGUUGGUGUUGUCGUCGGCGCAUUCCUCCUCCUCAAACCCAAACCUAAACCCCAACCCCAACCCCACAAAACAACUCAUUAUUUAUUAAUACUCCCAACCUGUUUUCUUCCGUUUGGUUUUACAGAUCACAUAUUCAAUAAUAUCGCUCGCAUCCAUCCCUGACCCUCUCCGCUCUCCACUCUCUCUUUCCUUACACUUACACUUACACUCGCCGUCGCCGUCGCGGCCUCCCCAUACCCCAACUGGGAAAUCAGUCCAUCAGAUCUUUCUCCUACCGGCUACCAUGGCCAAAGACAGAGACCGAGACCGAGACAGGAAGAUGUAUGUGGGAGUUGCCUGCCGUUCUCUCUCGAAUCAAACCCAACUCACUCUCGACAACACCCCCUAUGUUUUGGACACCACCAUGCGUCUCGUGGCUCCCGCCGUCAAGAGAUUCGAGCUCAAAAUGAUCGGUACCAGGUUGAACACCACGCGCCAAUAGUACCCAACCCACCUUCACCUUCAAAUUCAUUUCUGCUUUGCGUUCCCGUUCCCUUUAAUUAGGAUAGGAUACUCCAUCUCUUCGUUCCGUAUAAUCCAUACGCCUGCAACCCACUUACUUGAUUCUAUGCUCAUUGUUCUUUCACCUCUUUUCCAUCUUCAUUAACACUGCUUCUAUAUAUAAUUACCUGUUUUGGGGGGUGUCAUGCUGCAUACGCCCACCCCACUUGUUGUAAUUAUUUUAUUUACACUUUUUUGUGGUUAUAUUUA